AUGGCGCCAAUUGCAAAGAGACGUCGCAUCAGCCCAGAAGUCGAGUCACCUCCCGCCAACACCGCGAAUGGUGUUUCUUCCGAGGAAAAGAUCGAGGAUUUCUACCGUAACGCCGCUGGAUGGGACCUGGAACAGGAUUACGAGAACCGGCCGCGCAACUUGAAGAAAAAGAAGGAGGAGACAAGACUGCCCAUCAAGACUUCGGAAGGCUGGGUUGAGCAAGCGCCUGCUGUUGUUGAGCAGAAAGAGGAGGAUGCCGACAGUUUUCUGGGAAGCGGCGACGAGGGUGAGGCUGCCGAGGAUGAUGAGGAUGACGAAGAAGAUGAGCAGCCCGAGGUGCCACAAAUCUCGCCGCGUGAACAGAUCCUGCAAGCCAAGGAAGAACUCGCGCGUGUUGCCAGCAUGAUUUCGGAAGACCCAGAGGAGCACAUUGGCCAGCUCAAGAAGUUGCAAGUCCAUGCCACAUCGCAGAACAGAACCGUCGUCAAGUUGUGUCUGGCUACUCAACUUGCCAUUUACCGCGACAUCAUCCCCGGCUACCGUAUCCGUCCUGUGUCCAAGGAAGAGUUGAAGCAAAAACUGUCCAAGGAUGUCCGCAAGCUGCGCAAUUUCGAACAGUCUCUCGUUGGUGGCUACCACGAAUAUGUCAAGGCUCUGACAAGAGCUGCCAAGAAGAGUGGUGACAAGAACAAGGAGGCUGCUUCGGUAGCUAGCGUCGCCAUCUCAUGUGCCUGCACUCUACUCAACACUGUUCCUCACUUCAACUUCCGCGGCGACCUCAUCAACAUCCUGGUCGGCAGACUCAGUAUCAGACAAGUAAACCCGGAUUUCCACAAGUGUGUCGAAUGCUUAGAGACACUCUUCCGCGACGACGAAGAUGGUAAUGCUUCUCGCGAGGCUGUCGACUUGCUCUGCAAAAUGAUGAAGUCAAGAAGCUAUAACAUCCACGAGUCCGUGCUCAACACUUUCUUACACCUGCGUCUCCUGUCCGAGUUUGCACACAGGAGUAGCAGCACACGAACCGACAAAGAUGAGGAUGAGCCGAGCGUGAAACAGAAGCAGAAGCGCGAGUUCAGAACGAAAAAGGAGAGGAAGCGCCUGCGCGAGGUCAAGGGUGUGGAGAAGGAGUUCAGAGAAGCCGAUGCGACCGUUUCGCAUGAAGAGCGCGACAAGAACCAGUCAGAGAUGUUGAAAUUGGUCUUUGUUGCUUACUUCCGUAUCCUCAAGCAACGAGUGCCUCAGCUCAUGGGUGCUGUCCUGGAAGGUCUGGCCCGUUACGCCCAUCUCAUCAACCAGGACUUCUUCGGCGACAUCCUAGAAGCUCUCCGCGAACUCGUCAUCAACACAGAAGCCGCUGAACAAGCACUCGCCGAGGAAGAUGAGGACGCCUCUACCGCGCCUAGAAACAUCAAUCGCGAGUCCCUCCUUUGCAUCAUCACGGCCUUUGCCCUUCUCCAGGGUCAAGACGUCGUAAAGAGCGUCGGUUCGCUUCACCUGGAUCUCGAAUUCUUCAUCACACAUCUCUACAAGACCCUCCUCCCAUCCUCCAUGAACCCAGACUUGGAAUUGAGUGCCAAGUCUCUACGUUUGAGAGAUCCAGACGGCAACGACGACGAAGCUCUCCUUCCUCAACAAGCAAAGCACAAGAUCAACGUGCAAACAACAACCGUCCUACUCCUCCGCUCUCUGUCUUCAGUCCUCUUACCACCGCAAAACCUUCGCUCCGUUCCGCCUCUCCGUCUCGCCGCUUUCGCCAAGCAGCUCCUCACAAUCUCUCUACAAUUACCCGAAAAGUCAUGUUUAGCAAUGAUGGGCCUAUUGCAACAAGUAGCCAAGGUGCAAGGAAAGAAGAUUGCAGCACUAUGGUACACGGAAGAGAGAAAGGGAGACGGUGUUUUCAAUCCCCUUAGAGACGAGGUUGAGGGAAGUAAUCCUUUCGCAACAACAGUUUGGGAGGGCGAACUUUUGAGGCACCACUUCUGUCCCCAAGUGAAAGAGAGUAUUGUUGCACUUGAAAAGGGUAUUGUGCGUUCGAGGUCAUAG